AUGGCCUCCAGAAUGCCCCUGCGUUCCCUUUCAAGGGCUACGCAGCUUUUCAAUAUCCGACCAUGGACUUGUUCGACUUGCAGAGUUGGCAGUGCUCGACCUCUACCCUUGCGCCGCGGAGUCGCGACAACUCCGAGCACGAACACACCCAAGAAACCGUACUAUGUCACCACGCCGAUUUUCUACGUCAAUGCCGCACCCCAUGUCGGUCAUCUUUACACCAUGGUCAUGGCCGAUAUCUUGAAGCGAUGGCAGGUCCUCCUCGGCGAUAGCGAUGCGCAGUUGUUGACCGGCACAGACGAGCAUGGAAUGAAGAUUCAACGAGCCGCUCUCGAAGCUGGGAUGGAUACCCAAGCAUUUUGCGACAUGAACUGCCGAACCUUCGAGUCUCUUGCGAAUGCCGCAAACCUUAGCCAUGACCAUUUUAUUCGAACAACAGAUCCGGAACAUCGCGAGGCCGUACAAUAUUUCUGGGAAAUGCUGAAACACCGGGGAUAUAUCUACACCUCCAAGCACGAAGGGUGGUAUUCGGUCAGCGAUGAAACAUUUUACCCGCAGACACAAGUACAAAACUCCCUCGAUCCAUCAACAGGCAGAAAACGCAUGGUGUCAAUCGAGACAGGAAAAGAGGUCGAGUGGUCGUCUGAAAUUAACUAUCACUUCCGUCUUUCAGCCUUCAAGGACCGUCUUCUCGAGUUGUAUCAGAGACCCGACUCCUUCAUCACACCUUCGACAUAUGCAACUGAACUGAUCCAGUCGGUUUCUUCCGGGUUGCAAGACUUGUCAAUUUCUCGGCCGGCGGAGCGCCUGACCUGGGGUAUCCCGGUUCCCGGCGACAACACUCAAACCAUCUAUGUCUGGUUGGAUGCUCUCGUUAAUUAUCUGACCCGAGCAGGAUAUCCUUUCCCCCGGGGCAGGAAAAUACAUCAAUCUGGCCAGCAAAUGUUCACGUUCCACUGCGUCUAUUGGCCUGCCUUCCUCAUGGCCCUGGACUUACCCUUGCCCCGGAACGUCCUCGUGCACGGGCAUUGGACAAUGAAUCGCGAGAAAAUGUCGAAAUCUACAGGCAAUGUGGUGAACCCGUUCUUCGCCAUUGACCGGUUCGGAGUGGACGGCAUGCGAUUCUUCCUGGCCUACCAGGGCGGUCUCGCCAACGACGCUGAUUACGACAAUUCCUUCAUCACGCGUGACUACAAGAAGUUGCUGCAAGGGGGUAUCGGCAAUCUCGCCAGUCGCACCAUUGGAGUUGCGAAGGGGAAGCUGGGCUCGUAUAUUCAGGCCGCCACGUCUAAUAAGCUCCCAGCCCCAUCUCCAGCCGAUGUGGAACACCAGAUCAUGUUGGUGCAAGCGCCCCCGAGGGUUGCCGAGCAGAUGACCGGCUUGAACCCCCGUGCCGCGCUACAUGAAAUUAUGAGCAUAAUCGAGAAGACUAACAAAUACUUCCAUGCGGCGGAGCCGUGGAAAACAUCCGACCAUCAAUGGGUUCUCUUCAACGUGGCGGAAUCACUUCGUAUCACCGCCAUUCUCCUGCAGCCUUUCAUGCCUGGAAAGUCACAGGAACUGCUUGAGAUGCUUCGCGUAGACACAUCCAAUCCGUCCAAGCGGUCCUUUGCAGCGGCGGUCUAUGGCUCGGACCAAGAUUACGGUCAGGAUGUCCAGAAGGGCUAUCUUUUCCUUCCCCUCCUCACGGAGGACUAA